AUGAGUUCAGAAAUCAACAUAAGGCAACUGCUUUAUUACAAACAUCUCAAUCCCAGUAUUGUUUCAGAUUUAUUUUUAGGUCCGACUUAGUAAUCCCUUAGAACAGUUAAAACUAUGCAACAUAGACUAAAUUAAUUGAGAUCUUCUGCUUAAAGUGAUUUUAGACUUACUACUCUCCAAACUCAAACACCUAUUCAUAACUUUAGAUAUGGAUUUAAUGCAGAUGAACACCAAAAUUAGAAUUCCUAGAUCCACUUCUUAGAGGCCUUUGAUUAUCCUUUCAAACAUAUAAAUGUAAUCGAAUAUUAAUUUAGAGUUAUAUUACAGAGAGCAAAAGGAAUAUAGCAUAAUUACAGGAUCAGUCUAACAGAAUACGUCUGGAAAUGUCGAACAUCCUUUCAACAUAAGAGUCUGAAUUAAAUCAAAUAUAAGUCAAUUUUAGAGAGUCCCUGAACAAAAAAUAUAAAUAAUUGAAAGAGGAUAAUGUUUAAUUCAUCGAGGAACAGUACAAAUUGUCUAAGGAAUACUAAAGACUAGCCAAGGCAAGAUAGAUUAUGGAAGAAAAGCAUCAAUUAUUAUUACAGAGAGUAGUAUAAUUAGAAAACACAUUACAAGGUGUAACACUUGAAUUACAGCAGUGA